AUGAACGCCUUCAUCAGCCAUUUCUGUGAUCUUGACGUCCUACGUAUUUCUUGGCCUGGCAUGCCUAUCGGGCCUCGAACCUUUUUUGAAACGAGAAGAGUGACCGGUCACCCGCCUUUGCCACGACCCAUCUCUGACCGACAAAAAGCACUCAAAGGGACACUACCAUCAUUCAAAAAAGUGUACAUCAGGAAUGCCACGGGCUCCAACACGUUUGAGUGGUUCAACAACCAAGCUGCAUGGUAUGAUCCUACUGCUGUAUGUUCGUUGCAGUACCAUGCAGAAGUUGCGAAUGUGACAGGCCUUGAUGCCUUCUUGGAGCUCUGCAGUAACUCGCUCAACAAAGUGGUGAUCCGAACCAUGGAGACCAUCAGGCCAUACGUAUUUCCCAGGAUGGCCAAUUUAUCUACCCUCAGUCUGACCACAGACAUCACCAACAUGGAGCAGACCUACCACAGCCUUCAGUCUCUUUCAAGCCGGUCGUCUAUCUAUACACUGACGAUCACCGUCCGCGGAUCCAGAGUCUGCCCAUGCCUGCAAGACUUCGCCUUGGUUUAUGAAGCCGGGGCCUACAACCAGCUCGACUUCGCCAGGCUUACCUGGAUUGUUUCCACCUUGAUGCGAAACACACCUGUCAUUUUGUUCAUGCAACAUCACUUGGUGAAGGAAAAUGCGAACCUUGUCUUCAAUCAAUUUAAUUCGGAAGCAGGAGAGACGACGGUCACUGGAUUAGAUCAAGGAUCUGAAGAUCGAUUGGUGAACACAGCACUGGGAUUUCAGACGUUCUACGAUAUGUGGACCUGUGUCAGUUUAUAA